AUGGAUCCAUCUUCUCCUCCACGCUCUCCACAGAAAUCCCCUAGUCCGACCGCACAAAGCACACUCGGCUAUCGUCCAAGCCCGCGCCAGCCCCAGAGCUCAGGCACACCGCCCAACAGCUCAGCCAACGCCCCGAUUCCAGAUGACGAACAUGGCGCCGAUCUACCGAUGAAUAUGUCUGCAUCGGUCAUGCUGACCAAUUUACCUCGUGAUGCGCACCAGGCACUCGCGGACGUGGAGAGUAUUGAUGCGGGCAAAGUUACUGUUCGAUUUCAGCCUCUACCGUCGGCGCCCAUUCUAAAAAAUCGGGUAUUCAAGGUUAGCGCUUCGCAGAAAUUCGAAACGGUUGUCAAGUUUCUACGCAAGAAGUUGGACUGCAAAGAAACCGAUUCUGUCUUUUGCUAUGUUAAUAGUGUGUUUGCGCCCGGGCUAGAUGAAGGCAUGGGUGGACUGUGGAGGUGUUUCAAGACGGACGAUCAAUUGAUUGUCGCUUAUUCAAUGACGCCAGCAUUUGGCUAA